AUGGCUGAUGAACUUUUUAAUUUAAACAUAGAAUACUUAUCAAAUCCUAAAUUAUUUUCUAAAAAUUCUUUAAUUUUUUGCAUUAAAGGUAGUUGUGUUUCAGAUUUAUCAAACUCGGAUCUAAGUAAACAAAAUGAACCUUCCCCCUCUAUAAACCCUAGUAAUCAAUGA